ACUGACAACCGCGCCAAGUUAGACGGAACUAGGCGGAGGGACACGAGACGUCACUGUGCCUUCAAGAUUAAAGCAGAGCUCGUCUCGUAUGGAGUAGGCCUAUAAUCAAUGUGUACUUACUGGGACUUACUGUCUUCAUGUUAAGUGUCUUCUCAAUCCACAUCUAUUACCAUAGUCAGUAUAGUCGUGUCAUACUCAAGUAUUGCAAAAUGUUGUUAAAAAUUUGUUUUACGUUGGAAGUCACGACCGGAAAGUAAACACUAGUAGUGUGAAUGAAGCUGUCAGUGAGUUGUGGUGAGAUACUAAGCAUGUACAGAAAAAGUAGUUCACGACAGCUCGUCAUUGUAACGUUAGUCACAACACCGCGUCCGCUGCCAGCUGACUAGCUUGCUCUCAUCGACAGGUAAGACAAGCUACCUGCUAGCCGACCAGCUACCCCACAGCCUCGAUAUGUACCGCGGGCACUACUGCCAAAUAUAGGAACGUCAUUUGGUCUCGCGUAAUAAUAAAAUAGGUUUUACGUUUUGUCUCGAGUCAGCCCACAUUUCGGCAUGCACCCAAUACACCAAGCACCACAGGUUAGGAUCCUAGGUCUACUUCAUGUUGGUUCUCCUGUUCUUCUCAUUUGACCGAAGUACCCAACUGCACUUCAUUGUCACAGUGUACACUUGUUUGCUUUACUUCCCACAUGUGUUCCAAGAUUUCUUCAACAGAACACACGAUGCACGUCUGCCCGCAGGCUGAGCGGUACAACACUGCCAGAGGUUUCGGGUGCAGUCACCAUCUGCUACCAUCAAACGACUGACUGAACACCUCUAGCGUUAUCACUGAGUGAGGCGUUUGUGUGCAGCACGCGCUGCCAAGAGUUGUCUUUGCAAUGGCUAAAGUAACCUAACCUGAGCUAACAAGGAAGGCAAAUGGAGAGGCUGCAAAUGCGUGUCACCUGUCCGCGUGCACGUGGCAAUGCAGGCCACUUUAGGGUUGCCCGACAUCAUACAUAGUUGACAACUCUUCACACGCAGUCCACGUGAACUCGGUGGAGUGAGCGCAUUCAAGGGUCUGGACCCAAGCAAAGUCCAGGGUGAUCUUCUUUAUUGUAAUGUAACCUCCGCCUUAAUUGUUGUUUGUAUGCACAUGUAAUUGUUUUGCCACAUGUAAUAUUAGUUAUUUAAAAUCAACAUUUUGAGCAACUAUUUAGGUGUAAAUAAAAACGUGAGUCCCAUCUAAGGCCAACUAAUGACAGGAGAGCAUGUGAAAGCCCAUGGUUCAGAUCACAGCAAAACAAAAACAGAAUCAUUUUAAUGUUUAUUAAUGAUGACAAUAAUGACAAAAAAUAAAUUAUUAUUGUCUCGAAUACCACAAAUGCAACAUCAGUCAAAAUAGACAUUUAGAUAUAAAUGAAAUUUCAGAGAUGUUUUGGAAUACAUUUAUUUAUCCAAAGUGCUCUUUAAUUAUUUGUUUUUCCCAGUAAACCUCAAACACAUCGAACUGUGACCCCAAAACUCUGCUAGCUAAAUACUGAAUUGUGGACUUUGCAUUCUGCUUAAAUCCUAAAUUACACCUUCGUGAUUGUGUCUCACCUUCACUCCAGCCAACCACUGCUUACACAUCAGGGUGAGGCGGAUGUUUCAAUCCAGACUGGCACCAAAGGUCACCAAUAUGGCCUCAUGGAUUAUUCAGAUGACUGUGAUGGUGCUGUCUGUCUUCACCAGGAGCAGCCAGGGGAAGAGGGACAAGGAGAUCUACUGCUCUGCAUGCAAAGCAAUUGUGGAUGAACUGAACUACUCAAUCAGUCAGGUGGACCCAAAGAAAACCAUCAACGUCGGCGGCUUUAGACUCAACCCUGACGGAACCAUGAAAGACAAAAAGGUACCUCUGGCUCGCUCAGCGACUCACCUCAGCGAGCUCCUUGAUGGGGUGUGCAACAGCAUGAGCGACUACGCCCUCCAUGUGGACCCCGACACCCAGCACAAGCGCUACAUGAGGUUUGCUCCCAGGAGCAGCGGGGCCACCGGGGACUUCCCCGACUUUAAAAACUUCCAGUUCGACGGACCUGAGGCAUCCAACGUCCUGAAAUUCGCAUGUGAAAGCGUCGUGGAGGAGCUGGAGGAUGAUAUCAUCUCUCUGUUCAGCCAGGACACAGAGCAUGUGCACCAGGAGUUAUGCAACACUGUCUCAGGUACCAAGCCCCUACAGUGCACACACUCUCCACCACACAGAACGUUUACAGCACUCCUCAUAUCAGGUGCAAUCUGUUUUAUUACAAUAAAGCCGGGGAAAUUCAUGGCGAAUUUAUCUCAAUACACGGAUGUGGUAAUAUCCAUAACAUUGAUAGAAUAGCUCACGUGCUUUUGUUUCUGCAUUUCAAUAUAUUCACAGCUGAGUGUAUUUCCCUUUGCUUGGAAACACAAAGAUAAUUUGUAGAAUGUACUUGUCUGUGGUUGUAUUGAGUAUUUCCCCUGUUGGGUGUUGGCUUCCAGAGCCUUAUGUAACAACAGAGAUGAGAGAGACGCCAUGUUGUUAGAAUGUGACUCAGCUGAAAGACACAAGACAGAAUUAUACCAUUUCACACAAACGGAGCACAAUAAACCAUCGUGGUAAACUCCUUCACAAUGCGACAUAGUACAACCUUUUAAUGUAUCUGUUUAUUAAUGUCAUUUCCUCAACACGACUGCUCAUAUUGUUCUCUCUUGUCUUUGAUUUCAGACUACUGUAAAGACAGCCGCCACACAAACCAGGAGUUGUAGCGCUCUACAGCUUCAGCGGUGGAAGGCGGGACCAGUUUUGUAAUAGAGAUCAGAAAAAAGAGGCUUUAACAAAAUCAGUUUUUCACAAAUAAUUGUCAAUCUUUUUAAAUAAAUAAAAGGAUGAAAUCUUGAGAAAGCAUUUUGUUCACGUUGUUCUUUGUCUGCGGCUUGAAGUCGCUGCUCACUGGAGUCAGGCCGGUGUGUUGUCAGCUGCUGCUUCUUAUUGGUUUUCUGGUUUUCUGUCUUAACUACGAUCCGGCACACUAAUGAAGGUGUGCUUCUGCUCUGUUUGCAUGCCUUCAGUCAGUGUGACUCCGUCGCUUUGAGCUGCAGGAGAAAUAGAAGUUUGAGACUCAACACUGCAACACUUCAAACCUCUUCUGGGUCCAGCUUCUCCAAACGUUCUCUAGCACAGUGGGACUCUCUAUUUUCUGAUGUUCUGUAGACUAAAUGAUAAAUCAAGAAAUUGAAAUAAAACAAUUUGAAAUGAUUAUUUCAUAUUAAUUUGUGUUAUUAUUAUUAUUAAUAACAUAGUUAUUAUAAAUAUAGUGAUAUAAUCCUUGCUGGCGCAAAGUCCCAUCAUGAUUUUAGUUUUGAAGAUGAUUUGACCUUUGCUGCUCUUUAAAUGAUGAAGAUGAGCGUACAGCUGCAGCUGUGAACAGUCAAGUGUCUUCUCAUACUAACUACAGGCCUACAAACUGCAGCAGACGUUGGAAGCAUCCAUUGUCUGAUUGGGCCAGAUGUAGCAGCAGCUGCUUGGUGAUUGGCUAGCACCCUGUGCAUUGAUAUGCUAAAGGUUGCGCGUCCGCAGGGGGAGCAUGUUGGUGACAGAGACCGGGUCAUACUGAAGCUCCUCUCGAUAUAUUCAAACAUUACUCAAACCUGACUUCCAAUCAACCUCUCACAUUUGACCACUAAAUUGUAGGAAUGUAACACCUUAAAACGGUGUUUCUGCAACCUUUACAUGGACAGACUUUUUUUUUUAAAAUCUGUUUUCUAAAAAGUCCCGGUUUUCCACCGGCACUUAAACGCAGCAUGCAUUUGUGGAUCUGUCUGAAGCUGGGGACCGAGGAAACAGCCUCAGAACUCCACGCGCUCAUGAAACUGAUCCGUGUGCACAGUUAAAACAAAAGAAUGUCACAAAUGUUUUUAGACUUCUGCACACGCAGGAAGCUUUUCAAAGGCCAAAUAAAUCAGAUCUGUGACACUGAAGUAAAAUACCGUAAUGUGAAAUCUUAAUAUUUAUUCAUGUGCAUUUGUAAAACUGAUUCAUUUGUGUUCAAAUUGCUUGGUAUUUGUGUGUGCAUUGAAACACAUUCAUGAAUACCCCAAAUUACACACAAAUACACAAUGCACAUUUGUAAAUCUUAUUAUUCGUUUUAAGAAACUUGUGCCUCUGAAUCGGUUUUGGCAAUCGAUCACACAUUCAUACAAUGUGGUAAAGCCCGAAAAUAGCAGGAAUCAUGCAAGUGCAUCACCUUCAAGCGCUACAUUUAGAAACAAUAAGAGAAAGAGUUUUCUAUUCAUCAUGGUGCAGCUCUGUCCAUGUUUAUCUGUCUAUGUGAAGGCCAGUUGGUGUGACCAAACCAACGCUCAUAUGAGGUCACAUAUAUGCGGUGAUCUCUAUACACAUUGGUGCUUUGGCGCUUGCUGUGAGGCAACCUUGGUGCUUCCUAGCAUGUCGUGUAGCGCUGGUAUGUAUCCCAUGGUUAGUCAGAUUAGAGGUGGGAUCUCUAUGAUGGUAAAAUAUAGCUUCACAUCGAGCCCAAACUUAAUGCAAUAUGAACAACACAGUAUUACAGACGUUAUAGAGAAACGUGGCUUCUCACAUAUUCCACUUGCCCCUAAAUUUGGCAAAAGAUUGGUGAGGAAUUGUGGGUAACUGUUUAAUUGUAACGCUCAGUCAUAAGAAACACAGCGCUGACUGGUGGUAUUCUAUAGUUUUGCUAUCGUGUGUGUGUGUGUGUGUGUGUGUGUGUGUCUGUGGUAUCUUCCUCCUCUGUGCCAUAGAGCUGCAUUAUAAACACACACCGUCCUGCUGCCACAAACGCUCACUAUGCACUAUUUCCUGCUGUUUGCGUCAGUGGCCAGAUGUUUUAGACAAUGACUGCUUAUUUGUUGCCCUGUUACCCUCUUAGUUAAUUACACUAACAAUGUUCUCUUUGAUAAUGCAAAAUGGAGGAAACUUGUGAGUUAUGCUGAACAGAUCACUAUUACACCAAACCAUCUGAGAAGUGGUGUGAAAAAGACUUUAGUUUUAUGUAUAUAUAUGGGUGGAUUGCAUCCACAUUAAUUUGAACACUUAAACAGAUGUCCAUAUAGCAUUUUUUUCUGACUGACGGCUUCUUUUUUAAGAGCGCAUGUGACCGCCUGAAGAAGAAGUGCUGCCUCAAGCAUCUUUCUCUCAAAGCGCUCAGACUUUCUUGGUGCCGCCGCUUCAAGUUGAAAAUCUCUGGACUUUUCAGCUUUUUAGCUCUACUGCAAGAUUUAGCGUUAGCGUUCCACAGCUUGAUGGAGGCACACGGUUCUGUCUGUGGAUCAUCAGCAAGUUGGAAUAUAGCAAAGUGGAUCACAGGACCGAUAACAGUACUCGGUGAUGGGACCCACAACCAUCAAUGUCUGAUUACAAAACUGACUAAGAAUGUCUGUCCAGACAAACACAAUUUCAAACAAUUGUAUUUAUUGGUUUGUUUGAUACGGGACAGUGCACAUUAAUAAAAACAUUGCUGUAAGU